UUUUUUGCCAUGGGGAUUCAGAGACUUAGCUCAGUGGCUGAGGGCUUGCCUAGCUAGUACAAGGGCUAGGUUCAGUCCUCGGCUCUGAGUGGGAGAAAUUUGCUGUAAAUAUGAUUUUGUUGUACCCUAAUAACAAAUUUGGGGUUAAGCAAAGGCUUUAACAUAGACUUUCUGCUCAAGCAUUAAGGCUAAAAGGAGUGCAGUAAGGAAAAGAAUAAUAUUCUGAAAACAUGGUGUGGACUUCUCGACGAAGAGUCAUACUUGUUAGUUUUAUAAAUAGCCCGUGGUGGCUUCUGGGGUAACGUUGUUCAGGGGUUUGUGGUCCUAGUUGGGUUUUGUCAACUUGUUGCAAACCUAGACCCAUCUGGGAAGAGGGAAUUUCAACUGAGAAAAUGCCUCCAUAAGAUGGCCGGAAGGCAAGUCUGUGGGGCAUUCUCUUGACUGACAACUAACGUGGGAGGGCCCAGCCCACUGUGGGUGGAGCCACCCUUGAGCACCUGAGUUUUUCAAGAAAGCAAUUGGAGCAAGCUGGUAAGCAGCAUUCUUCUGCUCUUCUGUGGCCUUGGCCUCAGUUCCUGCCUCUAGGUUCCGGCCCUGGCUUUCCUGGAAACUGAUAUAUGAAAUUGAACUUUUCUCCCCAACUUGCUUUUGGUCUUGAUGUUUUAUUAUAGCAAAAGAAAUCCUAAGACAGUUGGUACGGAAACAUUCUCCAUCUUUUGUAAAUGAGAUCUUACAGUGAAUGGUUCCCCGGUAUGAACCGGGCAGAAUUAGAGGCUGACAGGAAACACCCUUAAGUCACAAGGGGAUAGAAAAGAAUCCCUGUUGUACUCGGCCAUAGGGAGCUGAGAAACAGACUUUGACUAUAAAUGAAGUUCAUAAAAUUAUGAGGUCCCCGGGGCUGCCUGUUAACAGCUGGGAUACAGUAAGAGUAAACUGGAAACUCACAUGGGUUAGGCCUCAGCUUGGUUCAUUGCUAUUGUAAGACUGUUAUUUGAGAUACCUGUACGGAACGCCAUCUCUCUAUGAAGAGUCUUUACACUGAAUUGACUGAGUUCUGUUGGGUGGCCUGGGUCUGUGGGCCGCUCUUUCACUAAAUUUCAGGUCAGAUGUCUCCUAGUUUCCCUGUCUCUGUAUCUUGGCUUAAUUACCCCUUCUGAGGCUUUUAUCCCCUGAUAUGUAAGGAUUGUAUGUGGCUGACGACCUGUUUUCUGAAGUUAGCCCUCUGCUGAGUAGGGAUGCAACCCUGCUGACCCAGGAACUGAAAAAUCUUGAGUGGCGGUUCUCAAAAUGACCUUUUCACAGGGUGCACACUAUCAUGCAUCCUGUAUAUCAGACAUUUACAUUAUGAUUCAUAAGAGUACCAAAAUUACAGUUAUGAAGUCGCAACGAAAAUAAUUCCGUGCUUUGGGGUCACCACAAUAUUUGGAACAGUGGUCGCAGCACUAGAGGGAUGAGACCCACUGCCCUGGAGCCUCAGGAAGGUUGUGGAUCUGGUAGGGAGGAUGUUUUUAUUCAGGCCAUCAGAGGAUGUUGUACCUGGUCCCAAGAUCAACACUAAAGGUAAUAGCCUCUUCAUUAUGAGGUGCCUGGGUUCCGUGAAGGUUUGAUAGAAAUCAUUAAAAUGCACAUAGAGCUCAAUCUGGACUAACUUGGGGUGUAAAUCACAGAGGUCCAAGGCCGCAGUGCCCAAGUUGUCAGGGACAUUAGGGAAACAUGAUUGUGCACAGCACAACCUAAUGAUGGCACGAGCUUGCUUCUGUACUUCCGUUGGAAUCCCGAGAACUUUCUGGAUCUGAAAUGUGGCAUUCUUUUCGUCUUAUGGUUUCAAGAAGGAAUCUAGCAUCAGAACAGAUUACCAGGAAACUCCGGUGACGCUGUAAACACUGCAUCUGCUUAUAGUCCACGUGCCUAAGAGAGAGACCUUGGACAAUUUACAGCACAGUGGGGCCGUAACUAUGGACGGAGCUGAAGCUGGAGCUGGCUUUGCGCUUGAGGCUUUCCCUUGUUUUUAGAGAGCUUUGCACUCUCGUUCGGUUUUGCUGGUAACUGGCUUUGCCCUUGGGCUGUUCUUGAGGCUCGGGGUCUCAUGGGGGAUAGGCUUUAUUCUAGAAUGAGGCUACGCCAACUUCCUGAGCUCUUUCAGUCCGGGGAGAGCAGGCUGUGUACCCUUAAGGUGUCAGUUGAUGUGUAUGCUCUUGGCAUGGGUGUGUCUGAGUGUGUGUGGACACUUGUGUCACACACUGGGCUCUGUCAGAGACUAAGCUGUAGGUUCACGUGAGCUUUGAUUCUCCUGAGGCCGUGAAUGAGAGGGAUGGCUAAAGCUCUCAGGUGGCAUGAGUCAUGGGUACCUUACUUUUCCAUUGGCCUUCAUGGGGUAUCAGGAUCUUGAGUCCCUCUGCCAUUUGGGUACAGAUCAUCUGUGCCUUUGGGUGGCUCAUUCACUCUCUGCUUCUGUAUUAAAGAUGAUUACAGCUAAUUCUUGUGGUGACAUCAGAGCCAUUUCUCUAUCUUCUUCUACGUGUCUGGGAAUGGCCCCUAACCUAGGAGAGAUUCCAGUUGUUCUGACUUAUCAUUAGGCCACAUCUGUGCAAUUCCCAAAGCUGGGGCUGACAUCAUCAACUCCAUUAGCAUAAGCUUCUCCCCAAGUGUGUUUAGUAAGGAGUCCUGGGUCACUCACUGAUAAAGGCAUAGAAUGAAGUGCCCAUGUUGAAAAGUGAGUUGGCAUUCAUUUCCUCCUGCCAUGUCAGGAGUUAUUCAAGGGCCCUCAGUGGUCUCUCGAAGUCAUUGAGAAACGAGAGCUUCCCUGGCUUCGGUCCCUAGGAGCAGGUACCAUUAAAGCAGAAGGCCUUUCCUCCCUUACUGAUGACACAUCCUCCCUUAUGGUGACCCCCACCCCCCUUGCUAGAAUUCUUAGAACUCUGAUGUGGGCAGUUAGUUUUUAAUUCCUUUGUUUCUAAAUCUGUGACAAUCCUGGGAGCAUGAGUGCCAGUGUUGGCACCAGGGGCUGUGACACCUUAAAUAGUUAAAAUUAAAUGAAUAGUUUCCAUAGCCUCUCGAGAAUGUUGGCUCCAUUGGAAAGUUCUUCACAGUGCAUGUCCUUGAAACGACUUUCUUAACUGAAGACCUUUGCCACUGGGAGUCUGCAUGUGAUGGCUGCAUACCACAUUCACACCACAUCAAGGAAGACAACCAAGAGAUGGAGGAAAACACAGAUGACAAGCUGGGGAGCCCAGCUGCUUUAAAACACAAAGAGAAGGAACUUGAAAAUUGUGAAGAGUGCAACUCAGAAGCAGAUACUUAUCCUGAAUCUUACUCUAAAACAAGUUCCGCCCAAAGACGUAGUAACUCUGAGCCCACAGAAGUAGACGAUGAACCUAGCUUCAGUACCAAGCCUCCUGUGGCUCAGUCACCCAUGUUCACCGAGUCCAGCCUCUGGGUUGGCUAUCCUGCAGACUGGCCUGAACCCGUUAAGUUCUCCAGGCAACCAGCAGUCUACAACCCAACUGAAUGGAGGGAAGACAUGGAAUCCCGGUCAGUUCCUCGAGAGGAAAGCAAGCAGCAGGUGGCAAUCUUCCCAGAGGGAAAGGAGGCAGAUGUACAGACACAAGAGCUGCUGAGCAGGGUUUUCAAGGAGUCUGGUGACAAUGAUCCCAACCUCCCAGCAAUAGAGAACACUAAGGAUGAACUGGUGUCACUUUUAGCCCCUCUGGAGGAAAACAAACCACAGAUGACAGAAUUUCCAUUAAUUGAAGCUGCCAAGUUCCAGACAGAUGUCCAGCUGGACAGACAAGGUGUUUUAAAAGUUGAAGAAAAGGGACUUGAAAUUUGCCAAGACCACAAUCUAGAAGCGGCUGAAAGUGCUGAGUCCUAUUCAAUGCUAAGGUUCUCCACCAACCCUGAUAUUAGUGACUCUGAGCCCACAACAAGAAAGGAUGAAUUUAAGUUGGAUGCAAAGGACAAGGACGGGUUAGAGAAACAUCCCCUGGCAUCCAGAGCAUCCCAGCAUCAAGACAAGAAACUGAGCCUUCCACCUCCACAGCUCCAGGAAAGACCUCAGGAGACAGAGAUGGACACUGCUUCUGAUGAGGAAGAUACAUCUGGACUUUCAAAAUCUGCUAAGGGUCAAAUGCCUGGGAGAAAGUUGAGGGAAGGAGAGAAACUGGAGGGCAAACAAACUGCACAACAUGUCAUAAACAAGCCAACCCAGAAGGGUGGUGAGAUCUAUGAAGGUGUGAAAGCCAAUGUUUACCACAAGGAAGAGCGACCGCCUGAUGUCUCAGGAAAAGCUCACCUGAAGUCGGUCCCCACUAACCUGGCCUACAAUACUCUUGAUUGUGGCGACAGAGAUGUGACUGCAGGGCUGUUCUCUGCGGCACUGCGGUCCUUUCCCAGACAGAAGGAAGGUGGCCUUGGAAAUGCCUUUCCAUCUCCCUCAUCCUCAUCCUCUCGGAUCGUGGAAUCCAGUGGCCAUUCACUUACUAAGUUUUCCUUAAUGAAAAAUAAAUUAGACUGUGAAAAUAACACGUUUGAAUUGGAAGAAUCUUUUCAUAAAAGAAAGGAGAAAUCUUCUAAAAAUGCUGAAAGUAGAAAGGUAAGAGGUAAAUGCCCAGAAGUGCGUGCGGGUGAAAAGCAAGAAGGCCAUGAGUUCAAGGGCCAGUUGCAAAAGUGUAUGAAACCAAAACGCACAGACGGGCAGUUAGAUAUCGGACACAUGCACAAGUCCAGUGAUGCCAGCAGGCUUUCAAACGCCAAAGAAAGGAGUCACGUGAGCGAAAUAAAAAGUUGGGGUGAUUCUAUCCUUCAUGUAAGCGACAUUUACGGGAAAAGUCAAGGCACACAGGACUUGUCCCCGAAGCCACUGCCCUGCAAAGGCAAUUGCGAAGCCCCUGCAUGCACCUUGGGACUCACCAGUGAUGCGCCCCCUGGUGGCCGGACCGCAAGAGCUUUCGGGGCUGAAGAACUGCAGAACAGGCUCUCUGACAGCGAGUUCCGGAUAUUGGAGGAAGAGAUCCUGGCCUGGGAGAAAGUACACCUUGAAAAUGAGAGUGUCUCAGAGAAUCUACUAAAGAAGUGCGAGGGGAUUAUAUCUGAUGCCACAGAUCAACAAGGACAUUAUCUAGAAACGGUUCAGGCAGCAGAGAACUGUAUGUGUGUUUCAGCGGAAGCAGACUCUGAGGGGACCUCACAGCUGGAGCAGAAGGAUCUUGACAGCAGUGAAAGUUCUCAGCUGUCGGAUCCAGCCCUCUCCAAGACGUGUCCCCAAACACAGAACACACCUGUGGAUCCAAGCACACCGACCUGUCUCCUGUCUGAGAAGGACAGCAAGCAAAUUCACACCCCACCUUUGCAUCUGAAGAGAAUGUCUGAAGACCUCGAAAUAGACAAGAAACUUGACAGAGAAUGUGCACCCGGACAUCCCGAAGUCCCUUCAGUGAAAGCUCAUGGGAGAGAGUCUCUCACCCGAGACACGGUAGGGAGUAACGGGGAGCCAAAAAGCAGCUCUGAACUGCAGCACGUGGCUGGGGAUGCGUUGGAGAACAUCGGUCCUGUGGAGGAACCACUUCCGGGUAACUGUAGAAGAAUUCAGUUCAAGGUUGAAGAAAUAACCAAAAAGCAGCCGGGUGUGGAAUCAGAGGAACCAGAGGAACCAGAGAACCUGUGUCUUACGGUCGCUGAGUUUAAUGACAACCAGUUGGUUUCCAAAAGGAACGGUGGAAAGACUGGGGAGCUAUUUCCUGCUGAAGAGAAAGAUGAGCUUCCCAAGAGUGUUCCUGACUCGUGGAUAAAGGAAGCGAAGUCCAGUGAGAAGGAAGCAUGGGGCCCCCCGGAGCCUGUGGUCACACCAGUAUUUGAGGAGUCCCCUCCAGAAGCUGCUGGUCUGCUGCCGCUGAAGGAUGGCCACCUUCUCACUAAAAUGGAUCCGGUUGAAAGAAGGCUGACAAAGAGAGACGCUAAAGAAAAGAACAAGACAGAAACUCAAGUUAAUGAAACGGAAGAAGGCAGCCAUGGAUGUGAGCCUUGUGCGACAGCCUCAGGCCGGGGUUGUAGCACCCUGUUGAAGCUCUGGGACACGGCUCGCUCAGACGAAAGACUGACAGAGCUGAAGAAGAGUCACUGUGAGCUGCUUACGAGAAAACUUGGAAAAGCGGAAGACAAGGCCAGCGGAGUGCAGAGAGAACAGACGGAAAUUAAAAAACCAAAAUCCUGGUCACAGCAUAAAGAAGUGGCAUGGGACGAGCUCUGCGAUUUGAGGUUCCCCCUAAAGCAAGAUGAGAAACGAGAAAAUGUCGAGUUUAUGUUCCCUCAAAAGAAACCACGGUUACGAAGGGAAGAGGAACAACAUGAUGGGAGUGUGGAGCGUACUCAGCGCCCUGAAAUCAGGACCGUGAUCGCGGAACUGAAGGCCCUAGAAAAAGAUUUGAGACAGUUGCAGGGAGUACAAGAUCAACUUGCACAGACAGUACAGAGUUCUAAGAAGAUCCAAGCCAUCUUGCAAAGGCUUGAAGUUCGACUUUUCAAAUUAAAACUUACACUGAGAGAGAAUUCAGCAAGAAUUGAACAAAUCCAGAAUCAUCUGCUGCAUGAAGGUUUGCUUGAAGAUGGAACGAAGAAACUCAUCUUUCAAACACAGUCUCUAGAAAGUACUUUGGAAAAACAGAUGAACAGAAAUGAGGAAUUGAGGACAGAGCUAGCAAGAUUUAAGAAACUCUUUGAGGAGACAAAAAAGAGAUUAAAUAACCAUGAAGACAGAGAGCUUGGUGGUCCUGGAGAAUCAAACAUCAGCCAGUUUGAUAUGCUUAUCCCAAUUAAUAUGCUGAAGCAUGAGUUGCACAAUCUGAAAGAAAGCUGGGAGACUACCUAUUACAAAUACCUACACAUGAUUGUGAAACUUCAGUUUAUCGAGCAGGAGCUAAUAGCGAUAAAAACAGAGCAAAAGAAGUGCGGGCAUCUGCUCGAGAACCAGAAGAACUUGGAAAAAGAAGUGCUCGACUUGAAAAGUUGGAUGAGGGAGAUCGAGACCCAAGCAAGAGAUCAAAACAACAUCAAAAAUUUAAGAGACACCAACGAUGCGGCAAUGAUACACCAGAUAGAUCUCAGAAUUAAGAACAUGGAAUCUCAGCUAGCCAUGCUGGGAGCUCAGCAACAUGAAGGAGGGAUGUCAAAAUACAAGCCCCACCAUGCAGAUGAAGAGAGAUGUCAAAAUAGAAGCCCCACCAUGCAGGAGAGAGUAGCAUGGCCCAGCCAGGGAGAACAGAGCUGGGGGAACAAGCCAAACAGAGCCCAAGGAAAUAGCGAAGCUCACUGGUUUGUCUCCGCUGCAGGGUGCAGAUCUCACAGUUGACUCGGGGUUGGAAAAUGAAUGUGCCCUUGAACUGCCGUUCAGGAAUUCUUCCCCUUUUCAGUUUGGAUUUCUGUGGCCUUUUGCCCCCUAACGCUCUCGUGUAGCUACCCUGAUGCAUUAGUCUUUUAGAUUAGUAUUCUAAAACAUUCUAAAUACGGCCUUUAUGUUCUUGCUAAACUGCUUCUCCACUUUAUUAAAUAGAAAAUUUAGCAUGA